AUGUUCUCAAAUCAUCUCAAAUGUUACGUUCGUGCCGUACCAGCGUCACGUGACACAUAUCAGACAGUUCAACGUCAAUACGUCAAGAAACACCCACAACGGUGUACGCCACUCAGCCUAUGCCGCCAGCUCUGUACAACUAGUACCACCCAUCCAUACUCAUAUACGCAACUAAAGAGUUGCUGGUCGAAUUAUAUAUUCUUCGAGCGAAUUUAA